CAUAAGUGUUCAAUUUUGAAAAAGAAAACAAAUAGAAUUCCAUUCUACAAUGGAAUCAAAUUUCAUAAUUCAAAAUUUUCUUCUACUUUUGUUGCUGCAGUUCCUUCAUCUCGCCGCCGGCCAAAUCAACGAUUUCCCUAUUUUCCGAUGCAGAGACAACGGUAAUUUUACGAAUAACUCCACAUACGAAUCAAAUCUCAAAACCGCCCUUGCUUCACUACCCUCCGCCGCUUCCACGCGCUACGGUUUCUACAAUACCUCCGCCGGCGUAAGUCCAGAUACCGUCAACGCCGUUGCUCUCUGCCGCGGCGAUGUUACAUCGGAAACAUGUAAGGAUUGUAUCAGCAACACAGUUCUCCUGAUAAGACAGACCUGUACUAACAAUAUAGAAGCCCUCAUUUGGAGCUUGAAUUGUACUGUGCGCUAUACAAAUCGUACUUAUUCUUCAGUUCUCGAGGAGCGUCCUAACGCCGAUGUCUCAAGUUCCGUAAACGCAUCGGAUAUUGACGUUUUUGGAAAGACGUUGAGAGAUUUAGUAGGAAGAUUACGAGUGGAAGCUGCCGGAGGAAACUCCCUUCGGAAGUUCGCCACCGGAGAUGUCGGUUUUGGGACAGAUUCGUCGAAGAUUUACGCUAUGGUGCAGUGUUUGCCGGAUUUAUCUUCUUUUGACUGCAAUUCAUGCUUGUCGAUCGUAUUCCGGGAGGCUCAAGGCUGCUGCGACGGCGACAUUGAUGUCGGUGUUUUUUAUCCGAGUUGUUUCGUUAGGUAUUCGAAUGCGUCGUUUUAUAAUAAUCCUCCGGCUAUCAUGCUGCCGUCUGUGCCGCCGUCUACAACAAACUCGCCGGCAGUUCCAGGAAAAAAACGAAAGUCAUCAAAGAGUAUUUACAUCAUCGUUCCUGUUGCAUGUGUUUUCGCUGGGAUGCUCAUAAUUAUCGGAUUAUAUUUUUUCAUAAAAAGAAGGAGAUCAAAGAAUAAUAUUAAUGCUGCUGUUGAUUCUGCUACAAAAAAAGAAAGUGGGACUACAGCAUUUUCGUCUCUAGUUAUGAGCGAAAAUCACAACCACAGUGCCAAUUUAUCGCAAGUUGGGUCAGUUGAAAUGGAAAUGGGUACAUUAGGAUCUCUACAAUUCGAUCUGGCCACAAUUGAAGCAGCCACGGAUAAUUUCUUUGAUGGAAAAAAAAUUGGUGAAGGCGGGUUUGGUCCGGUUUAUAAGGGUGUUCUAGCCAAUGGGAUGGAGGUGGCAGUGAAGAGACUAUCAAAAUCAUCAGGACAAGGUUCACAAGAAUUCAUAAACGAAGUCAUUUUAAUGGCAAAGCUUCAACAUCGAAAUCUCGUGAGGCUUUUAGGGUUUUGCCUUGAUGCGGAUGAAAAAUUACUCAUCUAUGAAUACGUAUCCAACAAAAGCCUUGACUACUUUCUCUUUAAUCCAAACAGACAUGGGCAAUUAGAUUGGCCAAAACGCUACAAAAUAGUAUUAGGGGUUACAAGAGGAAUGCUCUAUUUACAUGAAGAUUCACGUCUAAAAGUCAUUCAUCGUGAUCUCAAGGUUAGCAAUAUUUUGCUAGACAUGGAUAUGAACCCCAAGAUUUCCGAUUUUGGUCUAGCAAGAAUCGUUGGAGUUGAUCAAAUUGAAGCAAAUACUAAUAGAAUUGUUGGAACAUACGGUUACAUGUCCCCUGAGUAUGCAGUGCACGGACAUUUUUCUGCGAAAUCGGAUGUGUUUGCUUUUGGCGUUGUUGUUCUUGAGAUCAUCACAGGGAAGAGAAGUUCACGCUUUUAUACCGAAGAUAAUCAUGAGGAUCUUCCACAUUUUGCUUGGAAAAGCUGGAUAGAAGGAAGAGCAAUGGAGCUUAUGGAUCCAACAAUGGUUGAAACUUGUUCUAAAGAUGAAGUUAUGAGAUGCAUCAACAUAGCGUUGCUAUGUGUGCAAGAAGAUGUGGAUGCAAGGCCUUCAAUGGCUUAUGUUUUAAACAUUCUCAACAAUUAUUCCAUCGCUCUUCCAACUCCCACAAGAACUGCACAUUAUCUUCCUAAAAGACACUCAGAUUCGUCAACUAGCAUGUCGGUUUCUAAGUCAACGGAUAAAUCACAGAUCACUGAAGUACAUGGACGGUAGCGACCGUAC